AUGGCCAGUUAUCAUCCAUAUAAGAACACUCCUUACUAUACUACGGAUGGUAGCAGAGGUGAUAACUUUACUACUUCCGACCGUCCUCACGCAAAACCGUCCUACUCGUCUUCUUCAGAUGAAGAAAUUAUUGCAUCUUUAAAGGGUCUUGCCUUACAGUCAAGAACUAAAGAGAUUAUUAGUACUAGCAAUAGUCCCGGUAGUACAAAUUCAUCUCCACGUUAUGGUACUCUCGGAGCACAUGUUGAUACAAUAUCUACAUUCAAUACGCCAAAGAAAAGCGAUUCAAUUCCUAUUACCAUUGAACAAUCCACAACAAGAAAACGAGUGUAUACACCAUUGACAGGUCGUGGAGAAUUACCAGGAGGAUACUUUCCCGGCUUUGCAGACGAAACCCCAGAAACCCUCAAAUCAGCAGUUCUAUUAUCAACUUCACGUUCAAGAGCCUCACCAGAGGUAAAACCACUUGCAAUGUCUUCCGUGUUGUCACCAAUGGAUUCACCAUCUUCCGGUGCUACCGUUCGUGGUCCUCCUUCAAUCAUCAGCUCUCCAUUUACCUUGCCAGAAACUUUGGUAAUGCCCAAAGGAAAAUACUACCCUUCAAACUAUAAGCCGGCACCCACAUCUCCCGCCCCAAAUGUCGCUUCACCGAUAUUAUAUGGUGGCGAUCUUCAACUUCCUCCUAAGAAUCAACGUCAAAAAUCUACGAAUCCAAAUCAUCAAAGACGAUCUUCGGACAUUAAACGAAAGCUACAAAAAUACCAAAGGGAUAUGAUUGAACAAGCACGUAUGGUACAUGCUUCAGUAACUUCAUCUCCUGGUGUACCAUCCGCACCAGGUUCUAAACCUAUCAGUCCUAGAUUACUUCCUUUGGGUAGUCCCGGUCCCAUUACGCCAUUUGAAUUGGAAGAAGGUUCUGGAUAUCUAAUUGCAGGUCAAAUUAGAUCUGGUGGAUUAUCCGAAGGUGGAUUGAGAGAAAAUGAAGCUGUUGCAAGAAUGAUUAGAGUUGAGGAAGAGAGAAGAAGACGAGAAGGCCAAAGUUCACCAGUAGCUCGAGUCUAA